UUCCGUCUCCCGGGCCGGCAGACAUAUUGCUACAGGAGCGGAUUCUGGAAAGCUAGAAGUGGGAACGUGUUUAAAUUUGAUUUACUUCUUUGCAGCCCAAUACAGUUGAACCCCACAGGACACGAUGGAACCGUCAGCCAGUCCGGCCAAGGAUAACUACAGGAUGAACCGUUACAAGAACAAAGCACUGAAUCCAGAAGAGAUGAGGCGCAGGAGAGAGGAGGAAGGCAUCCAACUCAGGAAACAGAAACGAGAACAGCAGCUUUUCAAGAGGAGAAAUGUGGACAUUCUCAAUGAAGAAGAGGCCAUGUUUGAGAGUCCACUGGUGGACUCUUACCUCACCUCUACAGUAACAGAAGGAGUUAUUACCAGAGAAAUGGUUGAGAUGCUUUUCUCCGAGGACCCAGAACUUCAGCUUGCCACAACACAGAAGUUCCGCAAACUACUUUCUAAAGAGCCUAACCCACCAAUUGAUGAAGUUAUAAACACACCUGGAGUAGUGGAGAGAUUUGUGGAGUUCCUGAAAAAGGGCAUCAACUGCACGCUACAGUUUGAAGCCGCCUGGGCUCUGACCAACAUUGCAUCAGGAACAUCCAUGCAGACAAAGACCGUGAUUGAAGCUGGAGCAGUGCCCAUCUUCAUAGAGCUCCUUAACUCAGACUUUGAGGAUGUCCAAGAACAGGCUGUGUGGGCCUUGGGUAAUAUCGCAGGGGAUAGUGCAGUAUGUAGGGACUAUGUGCUGAACUGCAACAUUCUUCCACCACUAUUAAUGCUUCUGACCAAAUCCACUAGACUGACCAUGACUAGAAAUGCUGUGUGGGCUCUAUCUAAUCUCUGUAGAGGAAAAAACCCUCCACCUGCUUUUGAAAAGGUGUCACCCUGUCUGCCAGUGCUAUCCAGGCUUUUAUUUAGCAGUGACCCAGACUUGCUGGCAGACGCCUGCUGGGCUCUGUCCUACCUCUCAGACGGUCCCAACGACAAGAUCCAGGCUGUCAUUGACUCUGGCGUCUGCAGGCGCCUUGUAGAAUUGCUCAUGCACACUGACUAUAAGGUGGCUUCUCCUGCCUUGAGGGCUGUAGGAAACAUUGUGACUGGAGAUGACAUCCAAACACAGGUGGUGUUGAACUGCUCCGCCCUGCCCUGUCUGCUGCACCUUCUCAGCAGCGCUAAAGAGUCCAUUCGAAAAGAGGCGUGCUGGACCAUCUCAAACAUCACAGCAGGAAACCGAGCACAAAAACAGACUGUAAUUGAUGCCAACAUCUUUCCAGUCCUGAUCGAUAUUCUGCAGAAAGCUGAAUUCAGGACCCGGAAGGAGGCAGCCUGGGCCAUCACCAACGCCACCUCUGGAGGAACACCAGAACAGAUCAGAUAUCUGGUGAAUUUGGGCUGUAUUAAGCCGCUGUGUGAUCUCCUGACCGUGAUGGACUCCAAGAUCGUACAGGUCGCCCUCAACGGGUUAGAAAACAUCCUGAGACUGGGCGAGCAGGAGGCCAAGCAGGAGAACAACGGCACUGGAGUUAAUCCUUAUUGCAGCCUCAUCGAAGAAGCCUAUGGUCUUGACAAGAUAGAGUUCCUGCAGAGCCACGACAACCAAGAGAUCUACCAAAAGGCCUUCGAUUUAAUUGAGCACUACUUCGGUGUGGAGGACGAGGACAGCAGUCUGGCCCCUCAGGUGGACCAGGCCAACCAGCAGUUCCUCUUCCCCCAGCAGGAGGCUCCUAUGGAGGGUUUCCAGCUAUAAGUCCUCAAUCCUCUCCUCUAAAAUGCAUCAUUUACCCCCUCCGCCCCAGCUCAUGGAGGGCCCCUAGAUGCCUAAGUCAUGCCACUUUGCCCUCUUCCCUGAUCUGCCACUACCCCCACACCCCAAGCACCAUCACCAUAGAGACACACCCCUUGGAGGAUAGCUCUUGUUACCCCUUUUCUUCCUUCUUUUCAACCAGUGGACUGGCCUCUCACAGGGCAGAGUCCUCUGUUUUCUGGUCAAUGGGCCACAAAAACUCCAUUUCACUUAGAAAAGGAAGUGAUCACCUCAUAGCCCAAAGUGCAAGUCUGCUCCGGCUUAAAACGCACAAACUUCCUGCCGUUUUAUUUCUCUAUGGUUCUCUCAUUGGCAGUAACGGUGGUUUGGUGGUUAAUAUCUUUUAUAUACACUUUGAUUUCUUUUCCAAUGGGACAUUCCUACUUUUAGGAUUACCAGUGCAUCCCAUGCUACAGAUUGGGGUGCAUGAGGUGACAUAUGCCCAGCUCUUGAUGUCAGUCUGACCUAGUGCAAUUCAGAAUACACUUGUAGAAUUAUCACUUUCUAGUAUAACAAGUAGUUAUUUUUUCAUACACCCUUUAUUUAUCUGCUUCUGUUUGUUUGUGCUUUUGAUUAUUUCUUUUUCUUCUUUAAUGGAAAGCGCUUAUUGAGGGACACCCUGAUCACGAGGUUUCAGGCUGGUCUCUGCAUAUCUGCUGAUGGGGAAAAAAAGAAUACUCUGUAGUGGGAGCACAGAGGCACAAAUGUCCAACCAAAAUCAAGCGCUUUAUAUCAAGCCCAAGCUAAGAGGUGGGAUCCUUAUUUUUUUUUUUUUUUUUCUAAAUGGGACAAAGUAGCAAGGGGAGGGAAUGGGUGGGAGUUAUUGUGAACCCCUAAAUAGGAACAGCUCUGCAUGGGAUAGUGGUGAAGACAUUGGGUUUUUAGAGGCUUCAUUUAAAGAUCUAGAAAACUAAAUAAAAUCUAAGUUUUGAGGGUGGAAUAGUUAGAGAUCCAGUGUUCGUUGUGUGCUGUGUUAUUAAUGACAUUACAUUUGAAUUAUGAAGUGAUCUAACCAUUAAGGAAGGCUUAGUUGGGGAUUUAGGGAGAGAAGAGCCAGCAGCAGCAAACCCAUCUUGUUUUUCUAUUGAAAUGCAUUCAAUGCAUCGCAGAUGUUUGACAUAAGGUGUGAUACCUCCUACAGUCACCAUCAUAAGUUUGCUCUCUGAACCCCCGUUGCGUAUGGGUUGCCGACAACUAGCUAGGCCACAUACCCCCCCACCCCCUUCCAGUUGUUUGUGGUAGGGUUUUUGCAUGGUGUUAUAUUACCCUGCCUGCAGUUGCCGAGUAUCCCUGGCCGAACGCAGACAGUUGGCACAGAGAGGUGGAGAACAGGGAGAGGAAACAUUGCGCAGCAUUUGGAGUUAAAAGAAGGAAGUGGGCCGUAAUGGAUUUGCUGGUGUUAACAGUGGUAGUGUAGUGAUGGUGGUGGUGUUUUGUAUAGUGGUAGAGUUGAUUUAUAACUUUUGGCAUUCUAUAUCACUAUAUUACAGAGGAAUGACAAUGACAAUGGAUAAUGAUUUUGCAUGGGUCCAUUGUGAUACGUAUAGGUAUUGAUGUAAAUAGCCUCUUCUCUAUCUGGCAACGGAGGUCUCCGCCGGUCCUUUGUCCCCUCAUGGGUCUAAUAACAACCAGAGUUUGGCUAGGGAUGUGUCCAAGGUUAGUGACAAAUCUUACUGCAGCAAAAACUAAAGUAUGAAUAUAUAUAUAUAUAUAUAUAGAUAAAUAUAUAUUUGCGCACACUUCAUGCACAUUUGCAUACAACACCAGCUGACACUGUACACACACCUCACACAGAUGAGUGGCUAGUAGCAAAUAAAAUAGUUUCCAUAAUCUUUGGGUUUAAAGAAAAAGUUCUAAUUUUAUUUAAUUUUGAAGUUUUGUCUCUCCAAAGUGUGGUGAUUGCCAUUUUGGAUGUUUUUUGUUUCAUAGCACUUAGUAGGUAUUGUCUUGUUAUUUAUGAAAAUGGGGCCCUUGGCUCUGUUUUAAUGAAGAUUAUUUUCAGUUUUAUUAGAUACAGAGAUUUAAUUGAGAGGUGUCUCUUGGAGUCAGGAGCAUCUUAUGGAAACUUUUUUCGUUGUUUCUUGCCACAUGACUUACGAUGGUUUAAACUAGCUCUGCAAAGGCUGAUCUUGGGUCAGUGUUCAGGCUUUGUGGAUGGAGCAGAACUGUGGUUGUGUGAUGUUUGACUGACAGGCACUGUGUGAUGGAGAGGUAGAUCGACUCGAUGACUAAGUCCCAAUCAGAGUCUGGGAGCCCUUGUUCUGUGGAUCACUGGAGCCCAAUUGUUAAAUCGUCAAGCUGUGAAUUGAGUUUUUCCUCAAAGAGAAAGAAAAAGAAAAAUCUGCUGAAUAUCAAGACCAAAGAAAUCCCCUCUUAUUGAGUAAAGUCUCCUGGAUGCAAGAGCAUCUCUUUUUCUGUUUAUUUCAGUCUCCUAUUUUUACACAACCCCUAACAUCCUACGUCAGUGCAUCAUAUCGCGGUGGAAGCUACUACUUCCUGAUUUAAUUGACAGUGGAGUACAUGACGUAAGAGAGGCUGUGUUUGCAUCAUGGGUUGUGAGGUGUUUUCCACAGAACACGUGCGCUCCCGAUAGACAGCAAAGGAAACUCACGAAUAAUUGAGCAUCAAGAACUUUUCUCUACACGUCGAACGUGUAGAGCUUCAUUUACAACUGUACAACAAGUCUUCGAUUUCACGGCCAAUUCUGCGCUUGGCCUGCAAAUAAUGCCAGAAUUGCAAUGUUAAAAAAGAAAAAAUGAAAAUUAAAAAAAAAAAAAUCAGUGCAUCAACCAGGAAGAAAAAAUAUAUUUAUAUAUCUGAAGAACGAAAAUGCACUCCUGUUCACAAAAGUGCCAAUCUGACCAACAAAGACUGGAGGUUCUUAUGUAACUGUCUUUGACUUAGAGAUUUUUUUUCUUUAUAUCUUUUAUUUACUUGAAUGUGCACACAUUUUGUGCAGAACAUUGCUGCUCUAUUUUCUUUAUCUAUAAAGUUACAUUUGCCAUUGUUUCUUUGGAAAAGUGGCAUUCUUUCCUAUGGGCACCUAAAUAAGGAAUUUGAUUCGAGACGUCUGGGAAGGACGAGACUUGAUUACCUUUAUAAAACUAGUCUUUCCUGCUACUUCCAGCUGCAGUCCAUGGGUGUGAAGGUCCCCAGUAUUACAGUCUUCUAUUGGUUUUCACUGUGCAUUGCUGAGCUGCAAGCAUUUGGAAUCAAAGAACAAUUAUUUAGAUGUGGCACAUGAUGCAAAUAGGAAACUUGAGCGACUAUCAUAGCAGACAGUUGCAGGUACUAACCUUAUUGUCAAAGGUAGUUUACCAAAGUUUAGUCAUCCUGGUGGCUGGUUGAAAUUAUUCACUUGGUUUUCAGUAGUUUGUGUCAUCGGCUUGUGUCGACCCAGUCAGAAUGACUGAGGGAUUGUGUGAGGCCAUUUUUCAACUUGCUUCGUUUCAGUAGAAGCUGCAAUAGAGAAGUCCCUCUCUCUUUUUUUUCAAGUUUUUUUUCUUUCAAAUUCAAGUACUGUUUAAAGAAUUUCAAAACCUUCAAAAGUAAUCCAUAAGACUGCAAUAAACAUUGUCCAAAAUCAGGCACACCCCAGAGGCGAAGAUCCACCGACACAAACUGCUCUCAAAGGUGACACUCCUUCCACUGGGUGGGGAGCGGACAUGGGGAACUACUUGACAUUUUUCUAACGAGAAACAUCUGGGAUUCAGAAAUAGUGCAGUGAUUUACAUUAAAAAGUAUUAUGAGUUCAACUACAUGUAUGUUCUGAUACAUUGACAGGGAUUCACAUGCAAUUCUAAUCACUUCUGAGAAGUGGAGAAAAAGCCUCAUUAGAACAUGUCACAGAAAGAAAACUAAAACAAGAGGAGAGGAUACAAGCCUUUUUCUGCUUUUCUUGAUCUUUUUUCCUGAUCAGGAUCUUCUGGGCUAUAUUUUUGCAUAAUUGUGUUUCAGAGUUUGUCCCAGUCCAGCUGUAUGAUCAGGAACCUUGAAAUAUAUAUAGAGGAUUAACCAGACGUCACUAAAUAUCUCAAAUCUGACUUGUCUUCCGUCCUAGAAGCUGUUCAUGUCUUUAUCAAAAUCCAGGCUUGGCUCAGUCAAGUAAUGUCUACGCUACAGAUGUUUACAAUGCUACGCGUUUGUAAAAUACUUUUCCAUACGGCAUCACUGACCAGUUCUGGUGUAUUCUCUGCUCUGGUCCUCGCAUUUAUUUUACGUGUAUUUAUUUUCUCUAUUCUUGUUUAUAAUUUUUCAUUUGCUUAAAAUGACCCACUCUUAAAACUGUGACUUGACUUGACUUUACCGACGGUAUGAAUGAGUGACGAGAAACUAAUACACUUCAACUGAACAUGACACACAAACAUUGGAGAAAAAAAAAUGCAUACAAGAAAUGGCAACAAUAUUGAAAAUGUAAAGAAAUGAUUAUGAAUUGAAAAUAGUUCAGUGGAAAUACUGUUCAAAACAAAUAAAGUUAUGUUGCAACCCUUUAA